GAGAGGAGGAGCAGGCGAGAGGAAAAGGGGUGGGAUGAGGGAGAGAGGUGUUUGGAGAGAGGCUCAGGUGUGCGUGACUGGAAAACGGAGGAAGCUGCACAGCAAUCAGAGGCAGCUCCGGUGUGUCUGACAUUGGACUAUCUUUUCUCUGUGAUUGUAACUUGCUACCCAAUUAUCAAGCGGAGCCGUGCGACAGACGGUCAGAGAGACAUAUAGGUUCCUGUAAGGUUUAUGUGAACAUGUCUGUCUGUCACCUGUUACUAUGGAGACCAACUCUACCUUAUAAUUGGGGGAGCCUGAAGUUAUUUCAGCCAAUGAGACUUAGCCCAGGUUUUCUUUUGAAUUUCCCAGGUUGCACUGCUGCACCUGUCUCAGCUGUUGCAGUGAUGGUCCCACCUUGAAAUCCAAAGGAAAGAAAAACAAGUCAGAAGAAAGGAAUAUAUUGAAAUAAUCAGUUUUUUAAAACUACGUGCCACAAGCUCUCGCAAUGGCCAAGACAAGUGUUUCUCGGACAAGUAGUUUCCUGUGAGGACUCUACACAAAAAAAAAUUGAGAUCUGCUUUUCCUCUGUGACCUUAACGGACCAACAUGAUGCUCCGGCUGCUGCUAGUCCUGUCCAUUUGGGUGUGGCCUGAUCAAGCUGACUCUGCCCAGUCCAACGAGCGACGAGUUGUAGCACACAUACCUGGUGACAUCAUCAUUGGAGCGUUGUUCUCUGUCCAUCAUCAGCCUCCUGCUGACAAGGUUCAUGAGCGCAAGUGUGGCGCGGUGCGAGAGCAGUAUGGCAUCCAGAGGGUGGAGGCCAUGAUGCACACACUGGACCGCAUCAACAUUGACCCGUACAUCCUUCCCAACAUCACCCUGGGCUGUGAGAUCCGGGACUCCUGUUGGCACUCAGCGGUGGCUCUGGAGCAGAGCAUCGAGUUCAUACGGGAUUCCCUGGUCUCCUCUGAUGAGGCUGAGGAGUUGGGUGGAGGAGGUUCGUGGGGGGGAGGAGGAGGAGGAGGAGGAGGAGGAGGAGGAGGAGGAGGUGGUGGAGUAGCGACGAUGAAGUGUGCAGACCCCUCUGCCACUCCAAUGCGGGGGAAGAAACCCAUUGUGGGUUUAAUUGGACCAGGGUCAAGCUCCGUGGCCAUCCAGGUUCAGAACCUUCUACAGCUGUUCAACAUACCACAGAUUGCCUACUCUGCCACCAGUAUGGACCUCAGUGAUAAGAGCCUUUUUAAGUACUUUAUGCGGGUGGUGCCUUCAGAUGCCCAGCAGGCAAGAGCUAUGGUGGACAUUGUCAAGAGAUACAACUGGAGCUACGUGUCUGCUAUACACACUGAAGGCAACUAUGGUGAGAGUGGGAUGGAAGCAUUCAAGGACAUGGCGGCCAAGGAGGGCAUCUGUAUUGCCCACUCUGGCAAAAUCUGGAGCAAUGCUGGAGAGCAGAGCUUUGAUCGGCUGCUGGAGAGACUCAGGGCCCACCUUCCCAAGGCCAGGGUGGUGGCAUGUUUCUGUGAAGGCAUGACUGUCCGCAACAUCCUCAUGGCCAUGAGACGCCAGGGACUAGUAGGAGAGUUCCUCCUUAUCGGCAGCGAUGGAUGGGCAGACCGGUAUGACGUAACAGAUGGCUACGUCAGGGAAGCGGCCGGUGGUAUCACCAUCAAGCUUCAGUCGGCUGAUGUGAAGUGGUUUGACGAGUAUUACCUUAAACUUCGCCCAGAAAACAACCAGAGGAACCCCUGGUUUCCAGAAUUCUGGCAGCAUCGUUUCCACUGUCGACUUAAAGGCCACCCGCAGGAAAACAGCAAAUACAACCGCACCUGUAGCAAGCGAGAGUCGCUUCGGCAGCAGUAUGCACAGGACACUAAGAUGGGGUUUGUCAUUAAUGCCAUCUACUCGAUGGCAUAUGGCCUGCAUAACAUGCAACGGGCACUCUGCCCAGGCUAUCAGGGCCUAUGUGAUGCCAUGCGACCUAUAGAUGGCUCUACACUCCUGGACUUCCUGAUGAAAACUAACUUCACAGGCGUGUCAGGGGAGGGAAUCUUAUUUGAUGAGAAUGGAGACUCACCUGGCAGGUAUGAAAUAAUGAACUUCAAAAAGAUGGGGAAGGACUACUAUGACUACAUUAAUGUUGGCAGUUGGGACAACAGAGGUUUGAAGAUAGAUGAUGAUGAAAUUUGGCCCAACAAAGACUCCAUAAUCAAGUCAGUCUGCAGUGAACCCUGUGACAAAGGACAGAUUAAGGUGAUCCGUAAAGGUGAGGUGAGCUGCUGUUGGACGUGCACUCCCUGUAAAGAAAACGAGUUUGUGUUCGAUGAGUACACCUGUCGAGCCUGUGAACUGGGCUCCUGGCCUACUGAUGACCUCACAGGCUGUGACUCAAUCCCAGUGGAGUACCUGCGGUGGGGAGACCCUGAACCCAUUGCGGCUGUGGUCUUUGCCUGCCUUGGUCAAAUGGCCACAUUCUUUGUCACUGCAGUCUUUAUCAGGUUCCGGGACACCCCAGUAGUGAAAUCUUCCAGUAGGGAGCUCUGCUACAUAAUACUGGCAGGGAUCUGCCUGGGGUACCUGUGUACCUUCAGCCUCAUAGCCAAACCCCAUGUUGUCCACUGCUACAUCCAACGACUGGGAAUAGGCCUGUCGCCUGCCAUGAGCUACUCUGCGCUCGUCACGAAGACGAACCGAAUCGCUCGGAUCCUGGCAGGAAGCAAGAAGAAGAUCUGUACAAAGAAACCUCGCUUCAUGUCAGCCUGCGCUCAGCUCAUCAUUGCCUUCCUCCUUAUACUGCUGCAGCUGGGCAUCAUCGUGGCUCUCUUCCUCAUGGAACCGCCUGAGGUGAUCCAUGACUACCCCAGCAUCCGCCAGGUCAACCUCAUUUGCAACACCACUAACCUGGCUGUGGUUGCCCCGCUGGGAUACAAUGGCCUGCUUAUCCUCAGCUGCACCUUCUAUGCCUUCAAGACCCGAAACGUCCCAGCUAAUUUCAAUGAGGCUAAGUACAUUGCCUUCACCAUGUACACCACCUGUAUUAUCUGGCUGGCCUUUGUACCCAUCUACUUUGGUUCCAACUACAAAAUUAUCACCAUGUGCUUCAGUGUCAGCCUCAGUGCCACUGUGGCUCUGUGCUGCAUGUUCGUACCCAAGGUGUACAUCAUUCUAGCUAAACCAGAGCGUAACGUGCGCAGUGCCUUUACCACUAGCACAGUGGUGCGCAUGCACGUAGGCGACGGCAAAUCAUCCUCAGCCGCCAGCCGUUCUUCUAGUCUGGUUAACCUGUGGAAACGCAGAGGCUCUACUGGAGAGACACUCAGCUCCAAUGGUAAAUCGGUGUCUUGGGCACAGACCGAGCGCAGCGGUUCACGUGGCAACCACCUGUGGCAACGGCUGUCCUUUCACAUCAAGAAGAAGGAGAACAAUCAGACUGCCGUCAUCAAGCCCUUCUCCAAAACUUCUGAGGAGCGUUACUGUGGAGGGGGGGACCUGCCCCCGCACGUCCCUCUGCCCUCCCUUCCCUCCAUGUCCUCGCUGCCCAGUCAUCCCGACUCCGUCACAGACAAGACCUUGUACGAGCUCUCUGAAGCAGAGGAGCGCUACUCGAUCACCUACCGGCCACAGACGCCUUCACCAAUCAGCACGGUCAGUCAGAGGCUGGGGGCAGGUUUUGGGGAGGAGCCUCAGAUGACUGGUAUCCCAAAUUACCCGAGCAGCAUCUGCAGUGGCGGCAGCGGCGGCAGCAGCAGCUGUGGUCCUUCCAGCAGCGGCUCUAUUGUCACCGGGAGUGACGGUCGCUUGGUUGCUGUGGACGAUCACCCAGGAGUGCCCCAGAGUUCGCUGAUGGACCAGAUCAGCUGUGUGGUAAACCGCUUCACCGCCAACAUCACAGAGCUCAACAGCAUGAUGCUGACACCCUCUCCAACCCACUCACACACCACGCACAAACACACGCCUCCUUCUCCUCACCCCACCGACCCGUAUCUGUUGCCCCGAGAAAUCCAGAUGCCUCCGACCCUUACCACCUACGCUGACGUCCAGCCCCUCCCGCCUGUCGAGUCCAGCGUGGGGGGCCGGGGUGGCUGUCUCGUUCACCCAAUUCCUCAUUCACCUUACCCCCUGCCACCUCCUCACCCCCAAACCUCACCCUCUCUCUCUCCCAUGCGAGGAGGACUGAUCACCUGCCUCGCCGACUCCCCUCUUAGGAGGGCAGAGUUGGAGGAGGAGCUCAUUGCUUUGACUCCGCCGUCGCCUUUCCGUGAUUCCCUGGCAUCUAGUAGUGGCUCACCUGUCUCAGAGACAGAUCUGUGUCUCCCCCCAGUCCCUUCCCAUCCUCCCCCAUCUCCCCCUUCGCCCAGGUACAGCAGACUGACACUCAGAAACUACAGCCAGAGCUCAUCCUCACUGUGAGACAGAGUUGACACGUAAAGGAAAUGCGAAAGUGAAGAGGAGCACUCAAAAACAGCGGUCAAUGCGAGAAAAGAGGAUGGAGAGACUGAAAUCCAUUCGUCCCUACAUGGGGUAAAAACCUGAAGUAAAGGAGUCAUGGAGGGCUGGUUGGUGAAGACACCAAGCUGUGACAGUCUGCUAUGUUUGUGUUUACAUGUUUGCAGUGAGAUGCAAAUAUAAGAAGAUUGCCCACAUUGUAUUUUCUUUCUGUUUCUAACAGUGGGGAGUGAAGAACGGCAAGAAUGGCCACUGUAACUCUGCAGUGUUUUGGUGUCCGUAAAGCCCAAAAUUAUUCUCGAAGGUCUCAAGCUACGUUUUGUUUAGGUUUAGGUAGUGGCCUUAAGGUAACAUGGCUAUCAACUAAUUAGAGAGAGUGUGUGUGUGUGUGUGUGUGUGUGUGUGUGUGUGUGUGUGUGUGUGUGUGUGUGUGUGUGUGUGUGUGUGUGUGUGUGUGUGUGUGUGUGUGUGUGUGUGUGUGUGUGUGUGUGUGUGUGCAUGAGUAUGUUUUUCCUGUAUCUUAGUUAAUGAGAGGUAAUGGAAACAUGACAGCGGAGAUUAUUGAUGAGGUAAGACUCCUAAAGCCUAUACGGACUAACCAGAGGCUAUCAAGGGCACAUAUAUAUUUGGUCAAACACACACACACACACACACACACACACACACACACACACACACACACUCAAACACAUAGGUGUGAGCACACGCAAACAAAUACAAUGUAAGGGAAAAACACUGUAAAUAUAUGAGAGGUGAUGGAUUUUUUCUGUGGUGAUAAAAUCCAACACGCUUCUGACAAAAGUGCAUUGUGUUAACAUACCAGGCCGUAUGUUACUAUGAAGAUCUUUCUCACAAAAGCAUCUUUUUAUUCAUUCACCUCUGCAAUCUGUUCCCUCCACAUAGCUUUCUUUUCCUCAGUCCCUCUUUCUCUUGCUGCUUUCUUUUAUCCUGCCAGUAUUUCAGUAUUUUCUACUCUUCCAGUUUUGUUUUCUCCAGAAGUUUGAAUGUAUAUUUUCUACAUGAUUCCUGAAGUAGUUGGGACCAAACCUUUCGUACCUCUCUGUCUGUGACUCGAGAAAGAGGGAGGGGAGGGAUCGACAAGACCAGGCCUUGUUUUACCAUAAACAUCUUAGUCAUUAAAUCUUCUGGUGGAUUAUUGGCAGAAAUCUGACCUCAAAGCUUCACUUUAGUGUGUGACAUUUAACUGAGCAUUAUGUAAGGCUUUGCUGGAUCCCAUUCAUGACAUUUUCUCUUUACAAUGUGUCAGGACACAAGUGUCACUCUGUUUCAUCAAAGACAUUGCUUUGAAUGGGAUUAAUUGGAAUCACAGUCAUCUUUUAUGUUAGUGGGCACAGGUUGAUAGAUUCAAGCUGGGAGAUAGCCUCCUCUUCUGCUUCUACGAGGGUCAUCUGUUAGGCAGGUGAACUGUUUGAACUUUUCAAACUCUUUUCAGACACCGAGGGGCAAAACAACAAAAAAGGGUUAAUAUUGAAUGGGCAUCUCAUCUAAAACCAAAAGCGAAUCAGUGAGCUACAAAAGGUUCUUUUGGCUGUUACUUUAAAGUAAGGUCUGGUCUAAUUAGACUAAUUCCAAAUGUCAUACUUUCUUCAUUGGGGGAAAGGUGGUAAUUACAUUGUCUCUAAAAGGUGUUAGGCAAUAUAAGUAUAUCAAUGUGUUUUGUAGGAGACAGUUUGGUUUAUAUGGAGGUCUGAUAUUAGCAUAAAGUUUAAAAGGUGUUUAUGCAUCUUAAUAUUCCAAUCAUAAAUGUCUGUGUAGAUGGGUAAACAGAAUUGAACUUGGAAAAGACUGCAAAACCUAAAAUAUCUAAUUUGGCUGUAAAAGAUUUGGAUUAAAAACGUAUGCUUUUAAAUGGAGUGUUGCACUUGCAUGUGCCAGCACUAAUUUGCAAGAACCCAGAGUAGCUCUGGGGUAUAAAAUGUGCCGAUGAAUGCAUUCACUAAGAUGCUUUUGAGAAACGGGGCCUUGGCUUUUUGUCAGCUCCCUCCGUAGAGGAAAACACUCAGCAAAGAAAAGUCAGAAGGUUGUGAUACACAACACAAACAUUUUUUUGGGACAUUUUAUAUGAGGAAUGUUAUCUGCUGCAAAAUACAUGGAUUGGUUUAUCUGACUUAAUUAAUUGGGCUGUUGGUAUCACAACAAAAACCUGUGCUUCAAAAUGUUGCCUGUGUAUUAUUGUCCAUCACAAUCUCCAUAUUUUCUGCAGCGUAUGCAUCGGUCUGCUGUGCUAGCUGACCAAUGCAUAUGCAGUCUAUGGUCUGAUUUCUCCUCGUGAGUGUAGUAUUUCUGCUCUACAGUAGCCAGCAAGAACAAACUCAGACAAAGUGAUUCUGUAAAUACUAAGGGCAUGCAAAGACCGUUCUGUUAUGUUUCAGAUGAAAGUAAUUUUAUUUACAUAUCAACAAAGGUCAAAAAAAGAAAAAAAGAUGUUUUUGAACUAUGUUAUAACAUCAUACAGUACCAAUAUGUGUUACGACUACAGAAACUGUGUUACUACUCUGAAAGUGUGAGUGACCAUUCCUAUUCAAAUGUCUUGUAAUUCAACAAUAUAAUAAUAAUUAAUAUUAAUAUGAUUAUUGUGCCAAAGGGGUUAGGGAGGGUCUAGCUUACUAGCUCGUGGGUAAAUAAGUGGUUUCAUAAAAAAAAGAAAAAAAUGUAAAUGUAAAACUGUUUCUAUUGUUUUGGAUAUUUUCUAUAUAAAUAUUCCACAUUUUCCAGUGUAAAAGCAAUAUUAUCCAUACGUAUUCAAGGUGCACAUCUGAGGGGUUUCUUAAAGCAAACAGUGUUUUAGAUUGUUGUUCUUUUUCAUCAGUCUGUAAUCUCUGGUGACAAUUCAACAAAGAAAAUUGUGGGUAGAUAAGUUGACAAUUCUUUUUCCGGGAUUGUCUCUAAAUCUUUAUGUAAUGAGAAAGAUACAUUUAGUAAUUUCUAGUAACAAAGACGGUGCAAUUUCCUAUUUUUGCAGUGUUAUCUUCUCACGUUUUCCACCGUGUAUUCCUGGUUCAGUCUCUGAUCUAAACUUUUAGUACAAUCCACUGAUGACAUAGCCGCAGUGUGAGGUAGUUAAGGAGAUGAUUUGUGUGUGCCAUUAAUUGUUGUUUACUCUUUUUUUUCUUUCUGUUUUCUUUGAAGUGUGCCGGUUUAAUUAAGACGCAAACCUGGUCUGGUGUAGCUACAGUAUGUCUCUACAACGCAGAGCAAGACAAUAAACUUCUUCUAUGGUCCCAAAGUGGGUACGCACAAUCAACAUCUGACAUAAUUGUACAGAGACUUUUGUUUAUGAUAGGGAUACAGAACUUGCACAGAAAAAAAAAAAAACAUGAAACGAGAACUGUAUUGUCAUAAUUGUUGACAUAAUUGGUUCCUGUCUCAAAGUGCUGUCUGUGCAUCAUUACCUCUACAUCUACUCAUUAAUUUGAACAAUCUUGGCCCUGACCUGUUGUCAAAAAAUGAACCAGUGCUAUUGUUGAGAUGUUACUGUGGAGGAGAGCUGCUGUCACUGACAGUGUUUAAAACAUGCUGAGAGAGUAACAGGGAGCUUGCUUCAGCACUUCAGCUGCGUGUUAUCGGCCCCCUGGGUGAGGCUCGACAGUCUUGUGCUACCUCUGCAGAAAAAGACAGGAUCAGCGUUUACAUCUACUGCUAUCUUAUUCUCUUUAAGGGCUCAGUUCUGUGACAUAACCCUCUAUUGAAAUCAUACAUGACCAAUAAAGUAGCAGCAGGCUUCGUGUGAAAUUGCAGGAAAAGGAGAAUCUUGGCCUCAUGUAAAAAAAUAAUGCAGGUAUUGACUUGUAAGAUAAACUCACUAAACCGCAGGGAGAUGAAAAUGAAUCUGUCAUCUAUUGUAGCAUUUUGACAAAAUAUGACUUUAGACUCUGAUCUACGUAGAUGUCAGGGGAUCGUUACACCCAGUGAUGUUUCUAACAUUUUCCAUGACAGAUACAGAGUAAUCGCCCCUGUAUGGAAAUGAAAAGACGUCGACAGUACAGUAGUAAUGAGGGACAUGUUGUUGACAAACUGUGAGCUUUCUGCGCUAAUAUAUUUUAGCCCUACCUCAAGGAUCACAAAAACUCCCACUCACAUUAAUCUGGGGUGAUCUCAGUUAUAGAUAUUUCCCCUCGUAUUCUAGUCAAAAUAUGAUGAUGAUGAGUAAAAUCUUUUGCUCGCCAGGAAGAUGAUCUCCUGAUGAUGUCAACCCAAAAUGCAGUUGGCUGACUUAUUUUUAUAAAUGCACUCUAAAGAAUUGGAUUGAUAAUCCCUGCGCUCAAAAAUACUUUUAAUCCAGACAUGCUCAUCUGCUGAUCAGAGGGAAAAACCACACAAGGUCAUUUAUUUUAUAUCUUUUGAGUGAAAAUUAUAAAACAAGCCUGCAGUCAAUCAAGGGGGUCUCUCUCGUCUCUUGAUCCUUAAACCCUGGUUCAGAGCCAGAUACACAUAAUCACGGGCUGUUUCAGCAUCUGUAGGCAGAUUGGUGACGUACUGAUGAGGGAGUUUUUCAGAAGGGAUGUACAGUAGGAGUAUAACAAAAACAUUUAAUUUGGCGGUGUAGUGUGAUAGAGAAGCCUCUCCCCCUGCCCCGCCCCCCUGAGCAUUUGUUUGAUUUGAUACAGAACACAGAACUAUCUUGUCUUAAAAACCACUAACAGUAUUUUUGUAAGUUUGUCUGAAGCUGCCUAUUUGAAUGUUGCUUUUUAUAAGCGAGUUAAGAGCAUGUGUGUGUUUUAAUAUGCGGUUGUUUCCUCAGCCAAUAGGGUAAAAUGACAGAUUUUAAGUAGUCAGUGUAGGGUAUAUAGUGCAGAGGAGAUGGAGUUGCAUUAUGAGAAAUUAGGAUCUGUAUUAUAUUGAUUAGAAGUAAGAGAGGAGUUUUUGUAUGUAUUUAUUUGGCUUCAGGAUUUAUGAAAAAGUGGAAUAACGUAUUAAGCAGGUCUGUGUCUGUCUUUAGGGCAUUAUUGUUUUGCAUACAGAGCAGGCAAGUUGCAGAAUUUACAGUAUUGUGUAUUGAUGGUUUGUGAAAUAUAGUUAAACAAACUCAUCCCAUGUUUCUGUUUAUAAGAGAAUUAAACCAAACUGAGCUGUGAUAUUAUACCCUUUCACACAGAGGUAUCCUUGAAGGGGCAUGUGGGUGAUUUCUUUCAGACAACAUGGUUUUAUGCUGUGCUUUUUAUAUUUUUCAUAGACCAUCUUGUUUGGAUUACUGCUGUGGACACAAAUACAAAGGAAAUCCCCAUUAAUACCCCUGCUUUAAAUUCUGAUGAGAUUCUAUUUUCAGUAGAGUAUUAGAAAUAUCAAUAAGGAGAUGAAUGUUGCCUAGAAGUGAUGUUUACAUUAUUACCGAUCACUUGAGAUAAUCAAGAUUAUCAUGUGUUUUUACUGACUUCAGUUGUUGUGACGUUUUACAAGCUUGUAAGCAAACCAACAAGUUUCGGGUUCUUCAGGAACUCUGAGGUGGAUGAUCUGAACAGAAAAACUAAUUUCACUUAUCCUCGACAAAAAAGCAGCUCAUCUGCAUAUAAAUGAAGGCGCUGUGUUAUGUUCCAAUCUGUUUACAACCCAGAUUUAUCAAAACCCUAAUUCAACCGAGCUCGUUGGAGCGGCUAGUUUGGGCUUCAUUUUGAUAUAAAAAGAAAUGAUGAUGGGUUACCAUAAACAUAAUUAAAGGGAAGUGAAAUGAGCUGAAUUCCCUAUGAGUGUGCAGAAUGUAAUAUUUUAUAUUAUUUUCAUUUAUACAUAUUUAUUCACUCCAAGCAGAAAAUGACUAUUACGGGAAUGAACAUUUAUGAUAAAUGUAUACUAGUUAUUUAUUUAAAAAAUAACAGCAAAGUCAGGCUUAAUUGCAGCAUAUCCCCAGACUCGGUGCUGUUUUAUCACGCCGUUGUUAACAAAACCUCCUCCACUCAGUGCCAACUUUCUCUCGUCUUUUUAUUUAAAGUGCUACUGCUUUUUUUUAGCCCGGGCGGAUAAACACUACAGAAAUUGAUUAAACUGGAAUUAUAUCUACAUGAGCUUCUGUGGUGAAAAAUUCUAAUAAUAUAUUUUUUUCAUAUGCCAACAUUUUGUAAAUGUGAUAAAGAAGGCUUAAAUUAAUCAUUUUCUAAGGGAAGCCUUGUAGUGUUUAUCCACCCUCAGGGACUUUUGAUAGUCAGUUACUUUUAAUGAACAUGACAAAGCUUUGUUGUUUUUGUUUUUGCUUUUUUUCCCCUUCUGAUGUUCAUAACUGUAGAAUGUAAUUUGACGAUUUAUAUUGGUGUGAUAAUGGAAGAUGGUUUUAUAUUUGGAUAUUUGAUUCUCUAUUUAAUAUUUUCACUCAGCUUUGUGAAAUGUGUAAUGUGAGAAUGUAUGGCUCUAGCUGUUUGGAAAAUACAGUAUGUUUCUAAGUGGCUUUUUAGUGGUGGGGGGGCGGGGGGUGAUGACAGAUGAGGUGGGGGGAGGGGGAUGUAGACGUGUACUUCAGGCAGAUUUUUUUGUUCAAUUACUGUUUUUUUUUGCACACAAAUUAGCUUUAGACUUGCCUCAAGCAUUACAAAGUGAGAUAAAACAGUUUACUCCCACAAAAGGUUUGAUAUCUAAAUGAAUUGCUUUGGGAUCCACAUUGUUUGUCGCUGACCGGCCUCGUUCACAGGAUUUUUGGAGGCUCCCAACAGACUUGGCAGUAAGAACAAGAGCGGUUUUGGCAAAACAGAGUUCUUCUCAUCUCCACAUUAAUGAAUCUCUUAUCGCCUCACUCCAAAUUGGUCCACGGUGAUGCCUGUGAAGGCACCUUUCUGGGCGGCUGAUCUGUGGCCAUUGGGAACAGUAAAGAGAAGGAGAGUGGGCAUUGUUAACAGGAUACUUUAAUGUACUUUUAAUAUAAUUAUACAGUGUUUGUGUUUGUCACAGUAGUGGCAAGAGCCUUUAGAGGACCCUCACAUAUACAUCCAUCUAUGUGGAUGUAUUUUAUCUAGCUUUUGUCUGUUGUUUUGGAGCAAUAAAAACAUAUUUGCACUGUAUGACUAAAGUAAUAGCCAAUAAAUCCACUCAUUUAACUUUUAUGAAAUUGGAUACACCUAUAAUAUGUUCAUAUGUUGUAGGUGAUCAGAGGGGAUGAUCAAGGUCAGGAAAUUGGAAAAAAACUUGGAGUUGGACCCUGAAAGCAUCAAAUAGAAAAUGCAAAAAGUUUAAUUCAAAACAGUAUUUUUGUUGUCCUGUGUAUCCCAUUUGGCAAUACCACAUUGCUCUGAUUCCUCUGUCUUCGCAUCCCAUCCUUGAGAAGUGUACAUCCAUUAAUGGGAGCUGAGAAAAACUACAAGCCUCCAGAAUCCUGUGCAAAAGGAAAAACAGUGAGCACUCGGAGUUAGACGAGUGUAAGGCAGCUCAAGCUCGCUGCACGUCCACUUUACCAGGAAGUUAACUGUGUGGUUUUGUAACUGUUGGGUAGGGGAAAACAAAAUCUUUUGUUGAGCACUUCGCCUCUUCCCCAGAAAUACUGUGCUACCGCAGCACUUAGCAGGUGGACUAUUUUAAAAGUCACCACAGUUUGACUCACUGCAGUCAAAUGCCCACCCACUGAGCACCAAGACAGAGCUAGAGUAGCCUUCUUAAAAUGGAACAAAAACUUACAGGGCAUUCAUUAACUCUGACUUACAGCUCUUCACGAUGACAUGGUUCUCUUUGUGUUUUUUCUUACUGGGAUGUAACCACUGACGCAUGUUGAUGGGUGUAACUAACAAUUCUGGGACCCUCCAGUCAGUGUGAGCAGCAUGCAGCGGUGCUGCAGAGUCGGACAGGAGAUGAGAUAUGUUGUGGGGAAACAAACAAAGAAAGGGUUUUGCUUUUUAAUUUAUUCAUUUAUUUUGCCAUUGAUAAAUCAUUGUGUAAGUGUACUACAAAGUACCUUUGAGUCAUUAUUGGAAUCAUUAUUAAAAAAAACUAUGAUUAA